AGAGGGCCUAUUCUCCCCAGCACACACAUUUGCACAGGGCAGGAUCCCCAGACCUCUACAAUGUCAGCCCCUGCCUCCGGGCCCCAUCCUCCUUCGUACCUGCUGCUGCCUCUGCUGUUGGGACUCACAGGUGUGGCAGGUGAGACAGAACUGCAGGUGAUCCAGCCCGAGAAGUCGGUGUCUGUGGCGGCCGGACAGACGGCCACUCUUCACUGCACCAUGACCUCCCUGAUACCGGCUGGGAAGGUCGAGUGGUUCAGGGGCACAGGGCCAGGCCGGGAGUUAAUCUUCAGUUUCAGAGGAGACUCCCACUCCCCUCGAGUAACAAAUGUUUCAGACGCCACAAGGAGAAACAACCUGGACUUUUCCAUCCGCAUCAGUAACAUCACCCCAGCAGACACGGGAACCUACUACUGCGUGAAGUUCCAGAAAGGGAACCCCGAUGUGGAGUUUAAGUCUGGACCAGGCACCCAGGUCACCGUGAGCGCCAAACCCUCUCCCCCCGUGGUGUCGGGCCCCACGGCCAGGGCCACACCUGAGCAGACUGUGAGCUUCACCUGCGAGUCCCACGGCUUCUCCCCCAGAAACGUCACCCUGAAAUGGUUCAAAAACGGGAAUGAGCUGGCAGCCUCCCAGACCACCGUGGACCCAGAGGGAGACAGCGCUUCCUACAGCAUCUUCAGCACAACCACGCUGCUGCUGGCCCCGGGGGACGUUCGCUCCCAGGUCAUCUGCGAGGUGGCCCACGUGACCCUGCAGGGGGGCCCUCCUCUUCGUGGGACUGCCAACUUGUCCGAGACCCUCCGAGUUCCACCCACCUUGGAGGUUGCCCAGCAACCCGUGACAGGGGACCAGGUGAUGGUCAUUUGCCAAGUGAAGAAGUUCUACCCCCAGCGCCUCCAGCUGACUUGGUUGGAGAACAACAUAUCCAAAACAGAAACUACCUUUAGCCUCCUAGAGAACAAGGAUGGGACCUUCAACUGGACGAGCUUGUUCCUGGUGAAUUUAUCUACCCACACAGAGGAUGUGGUGCUCACCUGUCAGGUGCAGCAUGAUGGGCAGCAGGCAGUCACCAAAAGGCAUAUACUCAAGACCUCUGGCUACACCAAGGACCAGUGCACAGAUGGAAACUCGAAUCGAGAACUGUCCACUCCACUCCUGGUGGCUCUCUCCUUGGGCCCCAAGCUGCUGCUGCUCGUCUCUGUCUCUGCCAUCUAUGUCCGCUGGAAGCAAUGGAUUGACUGGUGACCCAGGAGGAAAGUAGCACCGAGGACAUAGGAGACACGUGGAGAACAUUUCUGGAAUGAUGAGCAGAUAAUCAAAUGUGAACAUGGGUCCACGGCUCCUUCCUUCCUCCCCU